CCUGACCAGCUUACUGAGCACCUGCAGGCAUGUCUGAAACCUGGAGAUUCGCCGAUGGAAGAUGCAUCAGUGUUGUCAUCCUCUGAUGAUGUGGGCGAGGCCUCGUUGGUGUCCUCCCCUGAGAAGCAGCAGGGUGAUGGGUCGAGCCCUCACAUGGUUGAGUCUGGUGUUAUAUUCCAACAGAAUCAAAAGGUGAUGAAGAGACUGAAGUCGGAGGUCUGGCAUCACUUUUCCCUCGCCCCCAUGGACAGUCUGAAGGCGGUGUGCAGACACUGCAGCUGUGUCAUCAGUCGAGGAAAGAAGGGUGAUGUGGGCACCAGCUGUUUGAUGAGACAUCUCUACAGGCGCCACCCAGAAGUUGUUGGGAACCAAAAGGGCUUCCUGGGGGCUAGUUUGGCAAACCCUCCAUACAACACCUUGGCAUCCACAGAAACUUCCUCCAAACUAACUGACCUUCCAGCAGUGGUUACCAAAAGCCGUCCAGUUCUAUUUCCCGUUCACAGUAAGAAGACCUCCAAGCUGUGGAAUCACUUUUCUGUCUGCUCUGCAGACCCCACUAAAGUCGUGUGCUUGCACUGUGGCCGGAUGAUAAGCAGGGGCAAGAAGCCAACUAACCUGGGCACCAGCUGUCUUCUGAGGCAUUUACAAAGGUUCCACGGCAGCGUGCUGAAGACCGAUGUCCCCAAGACCAUGCUGCCCUCUCCUCCAGGCGUCAGCGUGCCCCUGAGCGCAGAAUUGUCAGGAGCUUCCUCCUUUGACAACACUGAUGAGAAGUUUUAUGAUUCUCAUCCAGUUGCCAAAAAGAUAACAAGUCUCAUAGCUGAAAUGAUUGCACUUGACCUUCAGCCAUAUUCUUUUGUUGAUAAUGUUGGCUUUAACAGGCUGCUCGAAUACUUGAAACCUCAGUACUCUUUGCCCUCCCCUUCCUACUUUUCCAGGACAGCUAUCCCCGGAAUGUACGAUAAUGUGAAACAGAUCAUUAUGUCACACCUUAAGGAAGCUGAGAGUGGUGUGGUCCACUUCACGUCUGGAAUAUGGAUAAGUAACCAGACCCGGGAGUACCUGACACUCACUGCU